AUGCCUGUGCGGGCUAAGAGUGGCAAGAUUGCUAAAGAGGCCAACAGGCUCUGCUCUCUACAGCUCCAAAGCCAGGGACAGAAAGUGGCAUCGCCUUCCCGGCUGUUCCUCAUCAUCUCCGGCGUCGUGUCGCUCUUCAUCUUCGGCUUCUGCUGGCUCAGUCCCGCCUUGCAGGAUCUGCAAGCCACGGCGGCCAACUGCACGGUGCUGUCGGUGCAGCAGAUCGGCGAGGUGUUCGAGUGCACCUUCACCUGUGGCACCGACUGCAGGGGCACCUCGCAGUACCCCUGCGUCCAGGUGUACGUGAACAACUCCGAGUCCAACUCCAGGGCGCUGCUACACAGCGACCAGCACCAGCUCCUGACCAACCCCAAGUGCUCCUAUAUCCCACCCUGUAAGAGAGAAAACCAGAAGAACUCGGAAAGUGUCAUGAACUGGCAACAGUAUUGGAAAGAUGAGAUCGGUUCCCAGCCAUUCACUUGCUAUUUUAAUCAACAUCAAAGACCGGAAGAUGUUCUCCUACACCGCACACAUGAUGAGAUUGUCCUCCUGCACUGCUUCCUGUGGCCAGUGGUGACAUUUGUGGUGGGCGUUCUCAUUGUGGUCCUGACCAUCUGUGCCAAGAGCCUGGCUGUCAAGGCAGAAGCCAUGAAGAAGCGCAAGUUCUCCUAACGGAGAGAAGGAUUGUGGGAAGCCAAACACAGAGGCUGCCUGUCAGCGCUCGCCUGCCCUGUAGAGCUCACUUUGGUGGCACAGGAGAUGGAAGGGGACACAACAGGCCUCCAAGAGGCACCUGCUUCAGUGGCAGCAGAAACAGGAACAGAUGGAAGACUCUGGGACUCAUUGCCUGUAUUCCACGUGUUGUAGCAGUGGCUAAAGGGUCAAGCUCUUAGCUAUAUGG